AUGGAGAACUUGAGAGCAAGAAAAAAAAACCUAGACGAUCGGCACAAAGGAACAUGGGAUCCAUUCUUGUUGAACCCAGCAGGAUCAGAGAAGGAGGAGAAAAGGACAUGCUUCCGGUUGGCUCAAUAUCUAGUGACAGUGUUAGUGGGCUUGGCAGUACUGACCAGUGCUGUUAUUGCAAAGGGCUCCUUGAUUGUGCUGUCCACGCUGUCCAGUCCCCAUUCUCUGCGCAGCGAAAAGGAGCAGCAGUUUUACAUGCUCAUGUUGGUCUUCUGCAUCAUCUUUCCAAACGUUCUGGUCUUCCUCAAGUCUCUCUGGAGAUGUGCCUUUAAGAGCUUUGUCAAACCAAAUCUUAAAACCAUGUCUCUUAUAUGGGCCAUCGAGUGCCUGGUGUCUCUGGGGACCUCCAUCUUGGUGCUGAUUGUCAUGCCUCAGUUUGAUAUUCUGACUAAUCUUUUCAUCAGUGGAGGAGUUUGCAUGGUAUCAGCACUUCUACAGAUUGUGUUCAGACUUCAGGCCCAACCGUGGAAAAUUGUGUUUCCACUUUGCUCCCUGGUUCUCACAGUAGCAGGAUACUCUUUUUUGGGGCUUGACUACUAUGUCCGCGUAACAUCAUACGUGGACGCACAAGAUAAGAGCUGCUAUGCUUACAUUGGCGUCGGAAUUUUUUCAUCUUUGCUCAUCUCUCUCUGCUGGUGGGAAAAUCCAAUGCAAGCUACUAACAACAGUAUGCAGAGGUCGCUGAAGGAACUGGAUGGAUUUCGAGACUUUGUGUUUUGUAUCAGCAGCGUUCUAAGGAUCAUUGUUAUAGGAGGCGUUUAUCUGUUCUACUAUUACCUUGUUGUCGAGAAUAAAAUUGUGUGGGAAUAUUUUGUAAUGGAGGAUGAUGAGUGGGAGUUGCUGCAGAUUGGACUAGGACUGUUAUUUUUACAGGCCUUUUGCGCAGCUGCAUGCCACUGGUUUGGUGUAGUAGCAUGCAAAAUCCAUGCGGUCAGAAUGGGUUUUGCCUUGCCAGUGUGCUGUGCAGGCCCCACUGUGCUUCUGUUGGGAAUUUUAUUGUUCAUUACUCAGUCCAAUGCACUGGCUGGAGCAAAUGAAGAUAGCAUUUUAAAGUUUUGUGCAAGUCUUCCGGAUCUCAAUGGAAAAAACACAACUUCUUUGGUAAUGUUAGAGAUCUCCCGGAGCAUUUGCCGCACAUCACUGAACAGUCCUUAUGGGAAGUGGCCGUUUGUUAUACUGGCUAUGGAAGGAGUGUGCAUGUGGUGUGGAUUUGUCACCUGCACUCACUACGUGUGGAAAACAAAGGUCCAGCGGAUUGAAAGAACAUCACAGCUCUUUGUGCGAAGGCUGUACGAAUCUUGCUUCAUAGACCUGUCCCUGUUACUCAACACAAAGAUGAAGGUGGCCCAAAACCAAGAUGGCCAAACCAAGAUCGAAAACUGUGUUAUUUACCUCUGUGCAACAAUGUGGCAUGAAACCUACGAUGAGAUGCUAAAGAUAAUCACAUCAAUGUUUAGGCUAGAUCGAUACCGAGGCGAUCCGGAGAAGCAACACAACGACUGCUUCAACUUUGAAAGCCAUAUCUUUGUGGACGAUGCUUUUAUGACUGACGAGGAAACGGGAAAAAGAGUGGUCAAUUCUUACGUCAAUGACCUAAUUGACGUUGUCAUUGAGGUUUACAGAGUGUUCACUCACAAAGAGCCAGAUGAUGUUUCAAUCAUUGACACUCCGUAUGGAGGCAGGCUUGUGGUCGUGCUGCCACAGGGAAACAUGCUGAUCGCUCACCUCAAAGACAAGACCCUGAUCCGAAACAAAAAGAGGUGGUCACAGAUCAUGUAUCUAUAUUACCUGCUGGGCUGGAAAGGAUAUAUUGCCAAGAAUCCUCAAAAACUAAAAUACAAAAAGGAAAGUAUUCGCUCUUUGGACCGUGAAUGUUUUAUCAUGGCUCAAGAAGAUGUUGAGAUCAGCAGGAAACACAUUUCAGAUGAACACACUUACAUCUUGGCUUUGGACGGAGACACUGAUUUCCAGCCUAAAGCAGUGAUUCUUCUUGUGGACAGGUUACGUAUGUAUGAAAAUGUUGGUGCAGCAUGUGGUAGGAUUCAUCCAACUGGAAUGGGUCCAAUGGUGUGGUACCAGAAGUUUGAAUACGCGGUGGGCCAUUGGUUACAGAAGACGUCAGAACAUGUGUUUGGCUCUGUGCUGUGCAGUCCAGGUUGCUUCAGUCUGUUUCGAGGCUCGGCUCUAAUGGAUGACAAUGUGCUAAAAAGGUACACCACUAAGGCGACAAGAGCAUCGGAGUAUGUGCAGUAUGACCAAGGGGAGGAUCGCUGGCUGUGCACGUUGUUAUUGAAGGAAGGAUGGCGUGUGGAAUACAACGCUGCGUCAGAUGCAUACACAAACUCCCCUGAAGAGUUUGAGGAGUUUUAUAAGCAACGGAGAAGAUGGGGUCCUUCUACAUUAGCAAACACACUUGAUCUUCUGCACAGUGGUCCAGAGACUGUGAAGAAAAAUACGUCCAUCUCAAGGCUUUACAUUUUCUAUCAGAUGUUCACUGUCAGCUCCUCAAUUCUCGGACCUGCCUCAGUCACAUUGAUGAUAGCCGGUGCUUUUCAGUUUAUCUUCAAAAUUGCUGGAACACUCUCCAUCAUCAUAGCAAGCAUUCCCCCAGUGUUUUAUAUCAUCAUCUGCUUUGUUACUAAAGACAGCACCCAAUUAAUCAUCGCUGGGAUUAUGAGCGUAUUCUAUGCUUUUCUGAUGACGGCUUCUUUUUUCUCCAUUAUUGGUGACAUGGUUGUACAGGAGACAUUCUUGACGCCAACUGGGAUAUUUUUGGUGUCCAUGGCUAUCAUGUACUUGGUGACAGCUAUUCUACACCCAGAGGAGUUUGGGUUGAUAAUCUAUGGCCUUAUGUACUUCAUCUGUAUACCCAGUGGAUACCUCCUUCUGACCAUUUACUCACUGGUCAACAUGAACAAUGUGUCAUGGGGCACAAGGGAAUCCAGCAAGGGAGCAGCAGAGGUCAAAACACUUCAUAACGUCCUGUGUGACAAGAAGUGUCGUCUGUGCUGCUGGGACAUGAAAAUACAGGUAACGCAGGAAGCAGAGAAUGUUAUGUUUCAAAGUAUCUCAGGACAUCCCACACUCCUUGCCCCCGCACUCCUUGUCAACGACCAGUCAACAACACAAGAAACAGCCUUGAUUCAGCAGAAUGACAACUCACCAAAAGACACAACCGAAAAAGAAGAGGAAAAACCACUUAAUUUUGAAGAAAGGAAAUACAAUCAGGUAUCUUCCAUUUCCAGCAGUGAUUACAGUAGCGAUAAGAAGAGCAUAAUGUCAUCCGAUUUUGACGACGACGAUUAUGAUGACUACAUGUCCGAGCUAACAGAGAAAACACAACUUCCAAUCCGUGAUUGGGUCAAUCCUGUGAAAGAGAAGUUCCUAAAAAAGCUUACUUGCGCAAAUAUGGUGGUAAACCUGAAAGAGCAAUUGAGGUAUGUAAUUUCCUCUAGUGACGAUGAUCUCUAUGAAAAUCUGGAUGUGACAUUAAACGACACGCUCACCAAAGAGCUCAGCAGAGUUGGGCCUGAAGACAUUCCUUCAAACAGCCAACAGGAGGAGCUGAGAGAUGCACUCAACAGAAAUGCACGUCAAAUCCUUAAGACCAACAAUAAGAAGAAACUUACAGACAAAGUCUUGGGUGCAAUCAGGAAAACUCUCACUGCCCCACAAGUCAAACAACUGGACGAGGAUGAAAAGGACUUCUGGAUUAAGUUAUUAGACCGGUACCUGAAACCAAUCAAUGACAGCAAAGAACAUCUAGAUGAAGUCAGCAGAGAGCUCAAAUCCCUGCGGAACAAGGCAGUCUUCCUAUAUUUCAUUAUCAACAUUUUGUGGGUAGUCGCAACAUUCUUUCUACAAGCAAUAGGAAGCGACGUGAUAAGCAUUAAAAUCCCCAAAUAUUAUACUAAUGGAACUUUAUCAGGCGAAUAUCUCAAGGUUGAACCUCUGAGCUUGAUGUUCCUUCUAUCCUUUGCCAUCUUACUUUUGAUCCAGUUCUUAGCGAUGUUGUAUCACAGGGUCUACACGCUUAUUCACAUUGUGUCUUAUCGAAGCAAAGAGAAGGACUAUCUCGAGAAGCCAUCAACAUAUGACCCAGAGAGAGAUGACUGCUACGUAGAAGAAAACCAAGGCUUCGAACUCACCGUCACAAUGGAUGAUCUUCAGUCAUAG